AUGAACCCUUGUGGAUGGGAAUCCAUCCUCAGCACUUCCAGAUCCCCUAUAUCUUCUGAUCAGUUCGAAUCGACGCUCAAGAGACUAUCAGAAGAACUGAGGAAUCAUGUUAUUGAGAAGAUUCUAGCGACUCGAUACGACCUUCACGAUCCACCUACGAAGGUAUUGUUGGGCGAGAAUAGCCCUUAUGAGGCGUAUGCUCAAUGGGAUAUGAUCGAUGAUAUACAGCAAACCCCAGAAAUCCAGCAGCUACUUGAGGACACGAUGAUCGAUGUCAGAACAUCAUUGGCUGGUUUGUCUGAAAAUCAAGCUCGGAAUGUGACUUUAGAUGAUGAAGUCAAAUUCUACUGUGAUAAGCGCCCAGACGGAGACUUGGAUCUGAGAAUGGAUUGUCUCUCUAGUGGUAUGGGUGAUAACACGACUAGUCUCAACAGGGAGAUAUACAAGACUCAAGCUGCAACUGUGUCGAAGCCAACAAUCCAAACCCAUUUCGUGGAAGAGGCUCUCCAAAAAGCCGAAAAGGAAGCUAUUCAUCCGAUUUCUCAACGAUUGAGCCACACAGCUGCAGAGAAUUUGAAGCUGACCACACAAAGGGUAGAUUCUCAAUGGGAUGCGGAAAAUGGGAUUUCCUUAAGGACAGUUGGUUCGCAAGAAGGCCACCGAAAGGACAGAGACCUCAGAUCAUGGAGGGAGACAAAUUGGGAAGAUCUCACCAGCAAAGUCUUGCCCGCUCUCCACAUUUGGGUUUUGCGAUCGCUCGCUCAAGCUUACAGUCAAAGGGUGGAGAGAGACCGACUGUGGCAGGGAACUUUCGGGGGCUUGUACUUUCGAUCUGACUUUGGCCAGGUGACUCAUGGCAGCAGCACCAAUUUUGAUCCUGAUUUUAAUCCUAUAGAUCGUGUAAGGUUCGUCUUAGAGUCCGGUGACGGCUUCUUCAAUGGCUUGGAAGUUCCAAGGACCAUCCUCUUGAAGGAAUUGUUGGAUGAUGCUCCAUUGAACGAUCACUAG